AUGAACCACAAGAGCAAGAAGCGGAUCCGGGAGGCGAAGCGCAGCGCCCGGCCCGAGCUGAAGGACUCGCUGGACUGGACCCGGCACAACUACUGCGAGACCUUCCCGCUGAGCCCGGCGGCCUGCACGGAUAAUGUGGAAAGGGCAGAUGCACUCCAUUUAUCGGUGGAAGAAUUUGUUGAGCGUUAUGAAAAGCCUUAUAAGCCUGUAGUUCUGUUGAAUGCUCAGAUGGGCUGGUCUGCCCAAGAGAAGUGGACUCUAGAACGCCUGAAGCGCAAGUACAGGAACCAGAAGUUCAAGUGUGGUGAGGACAAUGAUGGGUACUCUGUGAAGAUGAAGAUGAAAUAUUACAUAGAGUAUAUGGAGACCACACGUGAUGACAGCCCCCUCUACAUCUUCGACAGCAGCUAUGGAGAGCACCCUAAGCGCAGAAAACUCCUGGAAGACUACAAAGUGCCCAAGUUCUUCACUGAUGACCUAUUCCAAUAUGCAGGAGAGAAGCGCAGACCACCUUAUAGAUGGUUUGUAAUGGGCCCACCUCGAUCAGGAACAGGAAUUCAUAUUGAUCCUCUGGGAACCAGUGCUUGGAAUGCCUUAGUCCACGGACAUAAGCGCUGGUGCCUCUUCCCUACCAGCACUCCCAGAGAGUUGAUCAAAGUGACACGGGAAGAAGGAGGGAACCAGCAGGAUGAGGCGAUCACUUGGUUCAGUAUCAUAUACCCUAGGACGCAGCUCCCCACCUGGCCUCCUGAAUUCAAACCCCUGGAAAUUGUGCAGAAACCAGGCGAGACCGUCUUUGUACCAGGUGGCUGGUGGCACGUAGUUCUCAAUCUCGAUACAACCAUUGCCAUCACACAGAACUUUGCCAGCUGUACCAACUUCCCUGUGGUAUGGCACAAGACAGUAAGAGGGAGGCCAAAAUUAUCAAGGAAGUGGUACAGGAUCCUAAAACAAGAGCAUCCUGAGCUGGCAGUGUUGGCUGAUUCAGUUGAUCUACAAGAAUCGACAGGUAUUGCUUCUGAUAGUUCCAGUGAUUCCUCCAGUUCCUCUAGCUCCAGCUCCUCGGACUCUGAUUCAGAGUGUGAUUCUGGCUCUGAGACUGAAGGGAUGAUGCAUCGGCGGAAAAAGAGAAGGACUUGCAGCAUGAUGGGUAACGGUGACACUACCUCUCAAGACGACUGUGUGAGCAAAGAACGCAGCUCCUCCAGGUGACCAGAUGUGACGGCUCUUUCUUUUUCCAAACAAAAGACGUUUUAAUGCAGGGAUGGCAGGGUUAGGUUAGGCUGUUCCAUCAUGCAUGGGAUGCGGGGGGGUGGAGGAUGAGGGGGCUGCCUAGAUUGUGAAACAGCUUGCCACUGAUGAUGUCCUCUCUCCUCUCCCUUCUUCCCCAAUUCUAAUUACGUUGCCCUGCUCCAAACAGGAACUUAAGAUCUUCUCUUUAAAAAAGAAAGUGCCAAGGAGAAAUUUUACAUUAUUUAAUAAACAGUUUUUUAUAACUUUUUUCUAAUCAUUUUUUAAUAUAGAAGGAAUGCUCCAAUUGCUGGGGAUGAACUUGGGAGUAGCGGGGCAUUUUGCGGGGAAAGUGGAAUAUCAGAUUCAGUGCCCAUUGAGGAGCAUAAUUGUGUGGUAAAUUGGCAAAGGGAGGAAUAACCAGCAGAAAACAAGGCUUGAUCACCUGAGUGUCCAAACUGAAAAGCUUCAAGCAACUCUGUAUACUUAGUCUUUCCUACUUCACUGUUGCCUGGACUACUUCAAUUCUGCCUACUAUUCAAUUUUUGUAAGGAUUAACAGAUUAUAAACUUCAUUCUAAGGCCUUGUUGCUUUAACACUUAAAAAAAGAGAAAAAAGAAGCUGUGCCCAAGCCUGAGAUCUUAGCUGAUUUGUGGAGGGAAACACUUAAAAUAAAUGAUAACAGAAUUCACUUGGUGUGAAUUUAUUGGGACAAGGUCUUUUCUCCCAUCCAUGGGCUCCAAGGUAAGGAGGAUCGGAAAACGUUAGGCAUUUGGGAGAUAUUUACUACUAAAAAGCUAUGGCAAAAUGCUUCUGAGCAGUUGUCCCUGAUUCCCUUGGGUAAAAGGUACAAGUUAACCACACUAAAGUGCUGUUUGUACCAACCACCUCACAUUCAUUUAUGCAUCCCCUAAUUCAUCACAGACCUUGGGUUGCUCUGCAUCUGUCUUGUGGUUGCAAGCUCUGUGAUGAAUUAGCAGAAAGAUGCACAUAGUACUGACCCAGCUGGAGGAGUCUCGCUUCCCAGAUGCAUGCGUAAUGUGCCUGUGUAGGCCCCUGUCUGCUCUUUUGGUAUAUAUGGCUAUCUAACAUUCAGUGAUACAGCAUUCAACUUCUCCUGUCUUUGAGUAGUAGGCAAGUCAUAUGGAGUUGAGUCAAAACACCAAACUAUCCUUAAAUGUUUGGAGUUAACUGAACUAGCAUCUUAUUUCCCAGCUGAGGUUCUAAUCCAGUGGUUCUCAAACUUUUGUACUGGUGACCCCUUUCAAAUAGC